AGAUAACAUUUUGGACAAAAUGGGUAAAGGAUUUCGGGUUCUUAACUUAAUUAAGCCUGUAAUGCCCAUUCUCCCGGAGGUAAAAACUCCCACGAGAAAGGUAUUAUUCAAGGAAAUGGUCAUGUGGACAGGAAUGUCGCUCUUCAUAUUUUUGGUGUGCUGCCAAAUACCAAUCUAUGGAGCAAUUACCAACAAAUCAUCUGAUCCGUUUUAUUGGAUGAGAGUUAUUCUGGCUUCCAACCGCGGAACUCUCAUGGAGCUGGGCAUUUCCCCAAUUGUCACCUCCUCUAUGGUCAUGCAACUUUUAGCUGGUUCCAAGAUCAUAGAUAUCGAUCAAUCUCUCAAAGAAGAUCGUGAUUUGUAUCAAGCUGCAGAAAAAUUGCUUGGUUUGCUUGUGACUCUUGGAGAAGCUGUUGCGUAUGUCAUCAGUGGUAUGUAUGGUGAUGUCUCAGAAAUCGGAGUUGUUAAAUCGGUAUUAAUCAUACUCCAGCUCUUCUUUGCUGGUGUGGUUGUCAUUUUGUUCGAUGAAAUGUUGCAAAAGGGUUAUGGAUUGGGAUCUGGUAUAUCUCUUUUCAUCGCAACAAACAUCUGUGAGACCAUUUUGUGGAAAGCCUUUAGUCCCACCACCAUCAGCACGGACAAGGGUACUGAAUUUGAGGGUGCUCUCAUAUCCUUGUUCUAUUGCUUUUUCGCAAAGGAAAACCGCCUUUCUGCAUUUAAGGAGGCAUUUUACAGGAGCCAUGCACCAAACGUUACCAAUUUGCUUGCGACAGCUCUUAUUUUUGUAAUUGUUAUUUACCUUCAAGGAUUCAGGGUUGACUUGCCCAUCAAGUACCAGAAUAUGCGUGGGCAAAGGGGAACCUAUCCUAUCAAGCUCUUUUAUACCUCUAACAUUCCAAUCAUUCUCCAAACCGCCUUGGUGUCCAACCUGUAUUUCUUCUCCCAACUUAUCUACAGGAGAUACAAGGGCAAUAUCUUUGCAAACAUUCUUGGACAAUGGCAAGAAACUGAGCAUGGAUCUUCCAUUCCAAUUGGUGGCAUAGCCUACUACCUAUCACCUCCAGUGACAUUCAAGGAUAUUAUCAACGAUCCAAUUCACACAUUGGUUUAUAUAACAUUCGUCUUGGUAUCGUGCGCCAUCUUCUCAAAAACUUGGAUCGAAAUCUCUGGAAGUUCCGCCAAGGACGUUGCAAGGCAACUCAGAGAUCAGAGAAUUGGUAUGGUCGGACAUAGGGAUUCAUCUCCAUCCCUAACAAAGGUAUUCAGCAGGUAUGUACCAACUGCUGCCGCAUUCGGUGGUAUGUGCAUUGGCGCACUAACAAUCCUCGCCGACUUUUUGGGAGCUCUCGGAAGUGGUACUGGUAUCUUGCUUGCUGUCACAAUUAUAUAUCAAUACUAUGAAAUUAUGAUUAGAGAGCAAGAGAGAUCAGGAUCGCUACUCUACUCUUAA